AGUUUCGUCAAUAGUUGCAGUCUGUAAUGGCGGCGUUUUCAAGUUUACGAAUUUGAUGGAAAAAGUAUUUAUGUGAAAUCCACCUUAAGGCAAUAUAUAUAUAUAUAUAUACAUACUGGUGUAUUCUCUAAAUAUUGAUUUCUGAUAGCUUGAAUAAUAUAUAUUUAAAGUCAAGGAAAUGCAAGGUUUUAUUUGUUUCAAAGGGCAAAUGCUGCGUAAAGGGAGAUAAUUCAUUUUUGCGCUGGUUGAUUUCUAGUCAGAUGGGAAGACAUAGAAGAAUUGAAGAGUUCAUAAGAAAAACAGCAGUUAAAGAGAAGCAAAAGAUCAAAGAAUCUGUUUUAGAGGUCUUCAGAGCACGUUCUAAGUCUCCUGGAGGAAACGGGGCGUUUCUUGUUGCUGGGAUACAAAACGAAGCUAGCAGGGCAAAGACAGAUUCUCCUAAAAUAAGAUCACACCAUACAGGUUUUGGUAAGAAACAUUUAAGAGACUUGUGCAAUGCAACAGAUAGAUAUGCCUUGGAGAACACCAUGAGUCCAGCAGAACGAAGAACGAGGGGAAGGAAAAGGAAAAGUAAUAAAUCAAAAGGAGCCGGAAUAAAGCUUCAUAAGUCAGAUGAAAGGUUGGAUCAUGUGCAAGUACAUUCUGAUUCAAAUCUGAGAUAUGCUCUCAGGUCAGCCCAAGAACAAAAAGAGCAACAAACAAAAAAUGCUAUUUCAAGAAUUGCCAGUAAUCGAAUGACAAAACGACUGGGACUAUUUAAUCAAGGCAAAAAGUCAGAAACAAUAUCAAGAGCUGUUUAUGUUUGUGACGGAAGACGAAAAACAGCAGAAGAUGACUUGCAAGAAUUUCUUAAUAACAGUUCUACAGAUCACUACAGUGAACAAGAUAAGACCAUCGAUAAGAUAUCUAGUCAGAAGUCAAAAGAAAAUGAAAUAGGGUCUGUGAAUUUAGCAGAUCUAAGUAGGGCCGAGACAGGUUACAGAAGUAACUCGAGUACACACUCCAUCACCCCCGCCUCCACUCGUCAGAAGUCUGCUCCUCAUAGUAUCGUGAGCCUCACCAGCAGUUGUGGAUCAGCAUCGAGAGACGAUCAUCUGCCAUCCAUUGAAGAUAUUGUUGAUAAAGUUCUCUCUAGGGUGAAACCACAAAAACUUUUUCCAGACAGAGAUUUUGUCCAAGAAACCACUGACGAGCUUAGAAGAAUAAUGAGAAGAAAUGCACUACGAUCUUGUACCCCCACACCAUUACUGAGGACAUGCACUUCUAUCAAGAGGUCUCUGUGGGAUAGAUAUCCACCUCCUAGGAAAGAUGAGAAUAAGGAAAAUGUAGUACAUCAAGAGAAUGAAGUUCUGCCCAGUGAAGUAAAUCUGAUGCCCAAAAUUGAGGAGUUGAAGCAACCAAAGCAAUAUGUGCAGAUACCCACUUCCCCUAAAAGAACUUGCACAUCUAAAUCACAAACAUUCUACAGCAGCCCUCCCAAACUUCUCCAGGUACAGAAGCAGUGUGGACCUUUCUUCUGUGAUCUGUCAGACAUUCAAAGUGACGCACAAACUUUGCUGCAGUGUCAUGACCAGAUGAUAGCAGAAGCUAACAGAUAUAUGAAACAAGUGACAACAAAGACAGAGGAAUUCUUCCUUGAAGACUUGUACAAUUCUGAUGGUCUUGACAUCCUGAAGAAACAGGACGAGCAUGCACAAAGGCUACAGGAACGGGACUCGAGGAGAAGUAAGGAGCAGGAUAGUUGGAGGACCCUUUUUCCUGAACAGUCCGAGGUCCAGCCCUCAUCACAAGACUCUUCAUUAUCCUCAGGUUACCAGGGCAGUCAGAUACUCAAGGACACUGGGAACUGCAGGACUGAAACAGUACCAACAUAUUCAGUAAAAAACCAGUUCCCAGAAUUCAUGCCUCAAUUUCAUGAUGAGAACUACUAUAGGGGAAACCAUACAAGCGGAAUGUCUAAUAAAAUCAGAUCAUUGGAUAUUCUAGAAAUCCUUGACGAUGACGAGAUACAACCUCAUCUUGGUUUUGGAGGCCAGGAUAAACACAAGUCUGAUAUAAAGAGGGACAAAGACAUCAUUGACAAUCUUAAUCAAGACACUGGCAUCCCCAGUAGGAUCCACAGGGAUAGGAAUGGCAACCAGAGACGGUCCCCCCAAAGGGGCUCACAGGAGGAGUAUCAAUUCUGUUUGAAGAAACCCAGCCUAGACACCCCUAGUCCACCGGAUGAACUGUUUAAAAAGCACAACUUUAUUCCUUAAUGGGAGCAUUCCCACAAUUGACAGUCCUAAGAGACUGGUAAUUCAGAAAACAAAUAUGACAGUUGAAAAACCAAAAUAUGGUAUUAAAACACAAGUGCAAGCUUGAUUCAGGACAAAACUUUUUUUUUUAUGCAUGUAACCUCAGUGCGCAAUACCCGUGAUAGAGGUACUCCACAUUAUAUAUUACAUAUCAUCUGUGAUAAUUCUCUUAUUGACUCGUUGAUUUAACUGCCAUUACUCACGUAUUUCUUGACUUAUUUAUUCUAUCAACAUGUUAUGUUGAAUAAAAUGAUCACAGUUCAA